AUGCGUCUCCCCCGUUGCCAGUUCACCGAUGGCUACUCCGUCUCCUCUGUGGCGUCGAGCCUCCUCAACACGCUGGCCCGAGAGGACACCGAGGAGAUCGACUUUGCCAUCCGGUACCUGGACCUGGCCGUGGAGCGGGGCAUCCUGAGUGCCCAGCUGACCGCCACGCAGCUGUACUCCGGUCUUGCGGACUACCCGUGUGUGGAGGGCCGCGACCGGGACCUGCCGCGGGCCGUGCGCACCGGCUGCAUGGCCGCCGACAAUGGCUGCCUCACGUCGAUGUUCAUCGUUUGUCACCACUUCUCCUUCGGCCUGCUGCGCGAUGGGGGCAUCUGUCUCGAUGGCGAGGGUGCCGGCGAGGAUGAGGAUGACAGCACCCCGGCCGGGGCCGUUCGUCACCCGGCGGAGCAGGUCCUCCUCUUCCCGGACUGGUUUGCCGCCUCGCGCCUGUACCUGCAUUACAUCAUGCUGUCGGAGGAUGUGCCGGCCACUUCGCUGGCCCAGUACCUGCCGUCCAUGAUCAGCCGUCUGGGGUCCAUGUACCUGGCUGGUGGCCAUGGCCUGCUGCGGUCCAUCCGCUCGGCUGUUCCCUUCCUGGAGAUGGCCCACCGCAUGGGUGAUCUGGAGUCCACCGGGCGUCUGGCCUUCAUCUAUGCCUUCGCCGGGUAUCCGUACAUCCCCCGCGACCUGCAGCGUGCCCAGGUGUACUUCAGCAUCAUCCGCCGCUUCGAUCCCUCUUUCCCGAUGCCCUCGACUCAGGAGCUGAACGCCAAGUACCGCGACUACAAGAAGGCCAUGGAUGAGAAGAUGGGCAUUUCCCAGCCGGCGUCCUCCUCGAGCUCUGGCAAGAAGAAGUCCAAGCGCCCUGCCGGGACCAAGGAUGGCAAGGAUGCCACCAAGAAGGACGCCAAGGGCGAGGAGUCUUCCUUCCCGUGGAUCAUCCCCGCCUCGGUGGCCGCUGUGGCCGCUGUGUCGAUGGUUGUCGCCGGCCUGCUGAUGUCCCGCCGUUAA